UCUGAUAGUAAAUGGCGCAACUCUUCUUGCUCUGUUUUGUUUUCGAUGAUUGUGUAAACAAUUGAAAGCACAUUUAUUCAGAAGAAACAGAAAAGAAUGCCUGAUCGAGCUGCGUCGUCGUCCGCGAGGACAGCCGCAGUCCCGACACCUUUGCCAGUCACUAAACUCAACAUCCUGGCCUACUUGCUCUCGUGUUUCUGCUCGAUUGCGUUCCUCGUCUUUCUCAACGCGACGCAGUCGUUUGUCAUCACGGUCGUGCUGCGGUUGAAGGAUAACAUCGGAGACUAUGUCGGCACGCUCGGCUUUGUUGACGAACUCGUCUCGGUCGUGAUGUGUCCGCUCUGGGGAACAUUGUCUGACAAAAUCGGCACGCGGACCGUGGUCUCGACUGCUUACAUGCUGGUCGGCGUCGGGCUUAUCUCGUUCGUCCAGGCGAAAUCGGUCUACCCGGGUCUGUUGCUCCUGCGCAUGUUUUUCGCAGUCGGCGGGUCAGGCACCGCGGCGAUGGUGACCGCGCUGCUAUCCGAGGUCUCUACUUUCCAAUUCAAGCCGCGAUACUCGUUCGCCUCGGUGCCCGCCGACGACGUCGAGCUUUUGAACGCGGAUCCCGGGUCUACGGAAUGGUACGAGCAGCAGCGGCGCCGCGAACUCAGACGGAAACCUGCGGUUCGCAACGGUACGUUGUCGGGCUUGGUCGGGCUGUGUACAGGAUUGGGCGCGGUUAUGGCGGUCACUGUUUUUCUGCCUAUCCCCACGCAUCUGGAGAAUAAGUAUGGCAUGUCGCCAGAGGCGUCGUUGCGAGGCGCGUUUUAUCUCGUUGGCGUGUUGGCGAUCUUGGUGGGUGGUGUGUUGUAUGUCGGGUUGCGACAUGAUCAGUCGCGGAGCUGGACGAAGUGGAUCCGGAGUAUGAAAUACCAUCGCAGACGACGGGAUAUCCUGCGCGAUCAAGCAGCCGAGACAGCCAGAGACAGCAACUACAGCAACACCGAUAACAGUUCUAGCGAUGCUGGGUUUCAGCAGCGAUAUGAGUCGCUCGCGGAGGAAGGAAAUGAGUUUGAUAGUUUGUAUCUGGAGGAGAAGAGUAGCUACUUUAGACUGCUGAUGAAGGGAUUUACGGCUGCUUCUGAGCCGGAUAUCUUCUUGGCGUAUGUGGGUGGUUUGAUUGCCCGUGCAGCCAGCGUCGCUGUUUCCUUGUUCAUUCCGCUGUUUAUCAACCAAUGGUUCUACGCCGAAGGAAUCUGCGACAUCACAGCCGACGUCAAACACAGCUGUCGGGAUGCAUACAUCCUCUCGGCCAUGCUCACCGGUGUUUCCGAGACAUGUGCCCUUGUCUCUGCACCGGUCUGGGGUAUCCUCUGCGACCGCAUCGGCAAGACAAAGUCGCUCGCGAUAUCCUCCGUCAUCGGCACGGUUGGCUUCUUUGGCUUUGCGUUCGUGGGCAAUCCGCAGCAAGGCGUGACUUUCUUCUGGGCAGUGUUGAUUGGGAUAAGUCAGAUCGGGGCUAUCGUCUGCUCGCUGUCGCUGUGCACGGAGCGGAGGACAGAGUACAGCGGCUCGAUCGCAGGAGUGUACUCCGUCACCGGCGCCGCGGGCAUUUUAAUCCUCACCAAGCUCGGCGGAUGGACCUCCGACCGUCUCCGCGGCGCGCCGUUCAUCCUCAUGGCGGUGUUCAACAUCAUGCUGUUUGUAUGCUCGGUGUGGGUCAUGCACCACGACGGCAUGUUUGGCGAUAUCCGGCUGAUGGGCGCGGACUUGCUGAGCACGAGGGCGAGGCGCGAGAGAGAGGCGCUGGGCAAUCGGAUAGCGUAUGAGAAUGGGUUGUUUAGCCAUGAGGAUAGCGAUGAUGAUGAUGGUGCAGAGUAGAGGCGUAUUUUUGUGAUUAUGGUUUGAUAUGAGAUUUACAAAUGGAAGAGUUAGCAUGGUGUGGUUGAAUACAGUAUGAGCUUUUAGAAGUCA